CUUUGGAGUGGUAAAAGCCUAAAACAACUUCUUUGCGGUAAACAAGUAAACAGUUCUUGACUUGUUCUCACUACGGAGCUCACUCAACCUUAUAUUUCUGCUGAAAUUUCCAAAUUUUACACUCAUAUUCUCUCAUCAAAAACCUUUCUACGCAGAAAUCAAGAAAAAUGAAACCCAAUCGCAACAACAAGGUUUCACCUGUGGAAAAAGUGCAAUGCCACGCAAUUGGGAUCGAUUUGGGGACAACAAACUCAUGUGCUGCAGUGUGGAAACGUGGUCGUGUUGAGAUUAUUGCUAAUGACAAGGGCAGCCGAACUACACCAUCCUGUGUCUCCUUCACUGAAACUGAACACCUCACUGGGGAUGCAGCCAAGAAUCAGAUUGGCUUAAACUCUGCUAAUACCAUCUACGGUGUAACGAGGCUUAUAGGAAGGACAUUUAGCGAUGAAUCAGUACAGCAUAACAUGAAACUGUGGCCGUUUAAGGUUGUUGCUGGUAUUGAAACUAAAAAAGACAGGAAGCCAAUGAUUGCAGUCAGCCACAAGGGUGAAGAGAAACAGUUUUCUGCUGAGGAGAUAUCAGCUAUGGUGCUGAUGAAGAUGAAGGAGAGCGCUGAAUGUUAUCUUGGUUCAAAAGUGACAGAUGCAGUUGUAACUGUUCCUGCUCACUUUAAUGCUUCACAGAGGCAGGCAACCAAAGAUGCGGGUGAUAUAGCAGGCCUCAAUGUCAUUCGUAUUAUAAAUGAGCCAGUAGCAGCUGCAGUAGCUUACGCUGUUAACAAGAGAAAGCAAACAUCAACCAAGUUGGCAGAGAAAGUAAUUAUUUUCGACUUUGGUGGGGGGACUCUUGAUGUGUGUUUGCUUACCAUUGACAAGCAUGACUUUAAAGUUAAAGCUAUAGUUGGUGAUGCCUACCUUGGUGGAGAUGAUAUUGAUGAUAGAAUGGUGAGUCACUUUGCGGGAUAUUUUGAAAGGAAACAUGGUAAGGACAUCAGUGGAAAUCCUAGGGCUCUUGCGAGGUUAAGAACUGCUUGUGAAAGAGCAAAGAGGGAACUUUCUUCAGCUUGUGAGACGACCAUUGAGAUUAAUUGCCUUUUCGAGUCCAUUGAUUUCUUUUCUGUUGUCAGUCGUUCACUUUUUGAGAAGUUGAAUGUUGAUUUGUUCAAGAGAUGUAUCGAUUGUGUGAAGAAAUGUGUGCAGGAUGGUGAAAUGAAAAUGAGUGAUAUUCACACGGUUGUCCUCGUUGGUGGGUCGUCCAGAAUCCCCAAGGUCCAACAAAUGUUGCAGGACCUUUUCGAGGGAAAGAAGCUCUACAGAGACAUUAACCCUGAUGAGUCAGUCGCGUAUGGAGCUGCAAUCCUUUCCAAAAUGCUGUGUGGUGAGAAAAAUACUUCAAACUGUAAAUUUGCUGAUCUUACUCCUUUGUCCCUGGGUGUUGAGGUUUAUGGUGGUUGGAUGAGUGUUGUAGUUCCGAAGAACAUAACCAUCCCAACCAAAAAGACAAGAGGGUACACCACUAAAUAUGACAACCAGACCACCAUCAGAUUUUCAGUGUACGAAGGUGAGAAACUCAAAGCUAUAGAGAACAAGCUCUUAGACGAGUUUGAUUUCACCGACAUUCCUAAAGCACCUGCAGGUAUACCGAAAUUUGAUGUCUAUUUUGACAUCAACAGCCUUGGUAUCCUGACAGUGACAGCAGAGUAUAGAGGCACAACCAACAAACAGCAAAUCACCAUUACUAAUUGUAGCAGCACGGGCCAGUUUAAGAUUGCGCUUGAAAGGAUGAUUAAAGAUACUAACAAGAUAAACCCUAACAACUUUAUGGCAUUUGCAGGUGCAAUGCUCAAAAGCAUUCGCAACAAGUUGAAGCAGAUGGCUUGCUGAGCUACUUUUAUAUCUGAGACAGAUAGGCUACUAUCGCGAACUCAUUAAGCAACGCUUAUAAUAGACAGCAGAUGUUGUGGUACUUAGUUUAAGUUUAAUACAUAGAAUAGAAUGUUUCAAUUUGGAAUAUUGCUACAAUAUUAACCUCUGAAGUGUGAUAUAGACCUUGCAGUUAUCCAAGUUAAGAAUAUGUUAAUGCUAAGAUUUUGCUAAGAGCGCGUGAUAUAUUACUUCCUUCUUGUUUGUGUAAAAACUAAAAAGGUUUAUUGAAAGCAUAGUAAGUUACAAUUCUUUCUCUCA